AUGAGUGCUGUGGAAGAUGCGACAGGGCGGCAGAUUCGUGAAUUUGACGAAAUCAUAGCUCGGAUGGGGAUCAUGUUGGGUGCCAGCCUCGCUCCAGAAAUCAGUGUGACUAGUGCGGAUGACACGCUACUCGGCGCUGAUGUCGGGGCGAUCAUUGGAGGCGGUGGGUUGCAGUUUGCCUCUCGGAGUGCCCCACCGUGCCUGGGACCCAAACCCGGCGAAGCACCCGUAUGCGCACAACCGGAAGCUAAAUGCAUUCAAUUUUGUGACCGAUCCGAGUGCGAACGGAAGCUGAUGUUGCAGCGUCAGUCUAACUUUUACUCGUCUGCUGCGCGUGCGCUGAACGCGAAUCUAUUGCACCCCAGUGCAGCAGCCAGCUCCAAGAGCAAUUUCAACAUCCCGAAUGCACUGUGUCUGCAGGAUGAAGGGCCGCUGCUUGCUAAAGCCCCGAAACUGACUGCUGGAUUGAGACUGUGGCCAGACCGGCGGCCUUGUGCUCAGUCUGCUGAUUCUGCAGAGGGUUCGCACAAAGCUGCAGUUCCUACGACCCGUUCGCAGACUCAGUCAAAUCCACCGACGUUCAAGACCAUGACACCGAGGAUGAGAACAAAUUUGAGGCAAGAGCUCAUGCGACAACAGAUGGUGGAGCAAGAAGAGAAACUAAGGCGAGCCUCUGUGCAGGCACGGCUGGCGCUGCAUACUCCAUCCUCUGCUCCUAUACCUGCCUCAACUCGUCCGGGUGCGACUGUCAGCGUGCCGGCGCAUAUACUUCAGGUGAACUCUUUGUUGGAGAAUCCAACAAAAUAUCACGUGGUUCACAGCCAAAAGAGACAAGUACGUCAGUAUCUUGAGGAGGCAUCCGACAGUAGCAAUGACGACGCGAGUGCCGCCAGUUCCGCAGCCCAGACGGCUGCUUCGUCCUGCGCUGCCAGUCCCAACUUGUCAGCCUCUGCUCUGCAGCAGAGGGCUGCUGACAAAGCCAGCAUCGCAUGCGCUCCAGCCUCUGCAUCUGCUGUCGCCGAAGAGGCUGUAAGAGAGCCUGAAGCCGAUUUGGCUUGCGCGGGGGUUGCGCUGGAUGCCGAACUCGACUUCCCCUCUUGCCUCCGUCUUGAUGAUGCCUCUAGCGACAUGGGUUUCAUUCCUCGCUCGGAUAGCUGGGUCAUGACUCGUGCGGCAAGUGGGAUCUCGUAG